UGCGCAGGCGCAGGGCGGGGCUUCGCGGCCGCGGCGUCGGGAACGGCAGUUAGUUCUGUUUUGCUCUGUGCGUCAGAGGCUUGUGUGGGGGCCACUCUUCGGUUACCUGGCCGUCAGCUAUGGCGGAGGCGAUGGAUUUGGGCAAAGACCCCAACGGGCUCACCCAUUCCUCGACUCUGUUCGUGAGGGAAGAUGGCAGUUCCAUGUCCUUCUACGUGCGUCCCAGCCCGGCCAAGCGCCGGGUCUCGACGCUCAUCUUGCACGGCGGCGGCACCCUAUGCCGGGUGCAGGAACCCGGGGCCGUGCUGCUGGCCCAGCCCGGGGAGGCGGCGGCCGAGGCCUCGGGCGACUUCAUUUCCACGCAGUACAUCCUGGACUGCGUGGAGCGCAACGAGAGGCUCGACCUGGAGGCCUAUCGGCUGGGCUCGGCGGCCGACCAGGCCCCGGAGACGAAGCCCGGUGCCCAGGCCGAGGGGGGCGCCGCCGCGCAGCCCGAGCCGCAGCCGCACGGGGGGCGCAUCGCCUUCACGGACGCGGACGACGUGGCCAUCUUGACGUACGUGAAAGAAAAUGCCCGCUCGCCAAGCUCCGUCACCGGCACCGCCUUGUGGAAGGCGAUGGAGAAAAGCUCCCUCACCCAGCAUUCGUGGCAGUCCCUGAAGGACCGCUACCUCAAGCACCUGCGGGGCCAGGAGCAUAAGUACCUGUUGGGGGACGCCCCAGUGAGCCCUUCGUCCCAGAAACUCAAGCGGAAAGCUGAGCAGGAUCCCGAAGCUGCUGAUAGCGGGGAACCACAGAAUAAAAGAACUCCAGACUUACCUGAGGAAGAAUAUGUAAAGGAAGAGAUCAAGGAGAAUGAUGAAGCAGUCAAAAAGAUGCUUGUAGAAGCCACCCGGGAGUUUGAGGAGAUUGUGGUAUGUUGACUAUAUUUAACUUAUUUCCCUGCUUCCAUUCUUUUUUAAAAUUGGUUAUCGCAUUUA